UUCUACUGUAAAACAGAGCACUUCCUCAAAGGGUUUGCAUAUAAAGCAGUCGCCUGCUGAACAGUUUCACAUUAGAGAGUUCGAAACCUUCCAUGCUACAGAAGCGGCUACGACUUUCCCAAGCUCACUUUAAGGCAACACAGUAUGGUUAAGUUUGGCUUAGUGCUAUUCCUGCUGCUGCUGGGCUCUGCAGUCAGUCAUCUCCUGGAUCCCUCAUCUCUGGACACAUCAUGGGAAAAUUGGAAAACUACUCACGGGAAGGAAUACAAUGGCCUGGGUGAGGAGGCUAUUCGUAGGGCUGUCUGGGAGAAGAACAUGAGGCUGAUUGAGAGCCAUAAUCAAGAGUACGAGCUGGGCCUCCACUCCUAUGAACUAGGCAUGAACCACCUUGGAGACAUGACAAUAGAAGAAGUAGCUGAGAAGUUGCUGGGUCUCCAGGUUCCUAUGGACAGUGAUCCCAUGAAUACCUAUUCUCCUGACCCACUGGAUAAACUGCCCAAAUCUAUUGAUUACCGCAAACUUGGUUAUGUUACCCCUGUCAGGAACCAGGGCUCAUGUGGCUCCUGUUGGGCCUUCAGCUCAGUCGGUGCUUUAGAGGGUCAGCUAAAGAAGACCACAGGCAAGCUGGUAAACCUCAGCCCUCAGAACCUGGUGGACUGUGUGACUGACAAUUAUGGCUGUAAUGGUGGAUACAUGACAAAGGCUUUUAACUAUGUUCAAAACAACAGAGGCAUUGAUUCUGAGGAGGCUUAUCCCUAUGUGGGACAGGACCAAGACUGUGCAUAUAAUAAAUCUGGGAAGGCAGCAGAGUGCCGAGGAUAUAAGGAAGUAAAGAAAGGCAGCGAGUAUGCACUGGCUUCUGCUGUUGCUAAAGUUGGCCCAGUUUCUGUCGGCAUUGAUGCCAUGCAGUCAACUUUCCAGUUUUACAAGAGAGGUGUGUAUUUUGACCCCAACUGUGACAAGGAAAGCAUCAACCAUGCCGUGCUGGCAGUGGGCUAUGGUGCCACAGUUAAGGGCAAAAAAUACUGGAUUGUCAAAAACAGUUGGGGUGAGGAGUGGGGAAAUAAAGGUUAUGUCCUGAUGGCCCGUAACCGCAAAAAUGCCUGUGGAAUUGCCAACCUUGCCAGUUUCCCUGUCAUGUAAAAAUAUUUAGGCAUGUUUACCUAAGCAGAACAAUCAACCAUGGACACUAAGAAAACACAAGGGUCUGAGCCGUACUUCUUAACGCAUAAGAACUCUUGCUGCUUUUCAGUAUAUAGGAAAGCAUUGUUGAAAUAGGAUUUUAAAGUUCUUUGAUUCAUUAUUGAAAUAUAAUAUCUAGAUACCUAUAUCUAUAUAAAUUCCUUGAGUAAAGAUUUGAUAUGGAAUAUUUUGUCUUGUAAAUUACGUAUACUGAAGGGAUUUUGUUUUUUGAAAAAAUGAAAUAAAGUUUCAGAAAACAUGAA